GCCAGUAGCACUGUUCCUAAUUAGGAUAUCUAAGUUAAAACAUAUAAGAUAAACUUGUCGUGACAUUUAUUUCUCUCUCUUUUUUAUACAUGCAAUGGAGACGAAUGAUACACCUUGUGAGUUUGUUAAUCGAGCUUAUCGGAGCAACUCCAGCCACGCGGGCAUUCCCGGCAUAUACGACCUGACUAAGGAGGACGCUAACUGGCUUCUCACUUCGUCUUUCAUCAUCUUCACCAUGCAAACAGGUUUCGGAAUGUUGGAAUCUGGCUGUGUGUCGACAAAGAACGAGGUAAACAUAAUGAUGAAGAACGUAGCAGAUGUGGUACUUGGUGGCUUCAGCUACUGGCUCUUUGGUUUCGGUCUUAGCUUUGGACGAGGAGAAUAUACCACACCAUUCAUGGGUGUGGGAGAAUUCCUCUUGGAUGCUGAUGACGAAGAUCCUCUAAUGGGACCUGUAAUGGCAUCGUUUCUGUUCCAGCUGUCUUUCGCCACAACAGCUACAACUAUCGUCUCAGGAGCUAUGGCAGAAAGGUGCAAGUUUAAGUCAUACUGCGUAUUUUCAUUCUUGAAUACAGUGGUAUACUGUAUUCCGGCGGGAUGGAUAUGGGGCGAGCACGGUUUCUUGUACAAUCUUGGAGUGGUCGACAUUGCUGGAUCUGGUCCUGUACACUUAAUUGGUGGAAGCUCAGCUCUGAUGGGUGCGGUGAUGCUGGGCCCUCGGCAGGGCCGCUACAGCGGUGGCAGGAUGCCCAUGGGCUCUCCCGUCAACGCCGUCAUGGGGCUCUUCGUGCUCUGGUGGGGCUGGCUCGCCUUCAAUUCUGGCAGCACAUUCGGCUUAAGCGGAUCAAAAUGGCAAUAUUCGGCGAGAGCUGCUGUCAUCACAAUCCUGUCAUCAUUUGGUGGAGGCUUAACAGGCCUUAUGUUCUCCCUACUGUCCAACCGCGGCCAGCUGCAUAUGAUGGAGCUCAUAAACAGUAUACUUGGUGCCCUUGUGUCUAUCACAGCUGGUUGUUUUCUGUAUCGUGCGUGGGAAGCCAUAAUCAUUGGUCUUAUUGGAGGUCUGAUUGUAUGCUGCUCUAUGCCGUUGUUCGACAAGCUGAAAAUUGAUGAUCCAGUCGGUGCAACUUCUGUUCACGGCAUGGCAGCCAUCUGGGGCGUCCUUGCCGUUGGUCUGUUUGCUGACAAACCGGUGUCACUUAACACGACACAUGGCCGCUCAGGACUUCUAAAAGGAGGUGGCUGGUACAUGUUAGGUGUGCAGCUUUUGUCAGUGGUCUGCUUGGUAACAUGGGGCAUAACAACAAAUUUCCUGCUUCUCUUUUUAAUUAACAAAAUGAUUGGACUUCGAAUGGACCCUUCUAAUGAACUGGCUGGAGCUGACAUAACAGAACACGGAGUAUAUCACACUAGUAAUGGAAUCACAUUUGGUGGAAAAGAAAUAAAUAAAAGCUGCAACAGCAAGAUAACAGCAGAUUACAGGUUGUCGAAGCAAAAAUUGGAAGAUGGUGACAAUAUCAGUAAACUUUCUACAAUUGAGGGAACCGAAGGCAAAGAUCUCUGGCAGCAGUUAAAUAGCAUGUCAGGAAAAUGGCCUCCAUUUCCUCCAAAACAUGCAUGGCUAGACUAAUGCCCUGUCAUCAAGAAACAAACAUUACAAGAGGGAUGUUAUUGGCAGUGACAAGAAAAAAGUUGUAUUCUUUGGCGCGUAGGACCUGCUGAUGUUUAAAUGAAACUGCUUAUGU